UAUCUAAUGACCAACCAUAAACCCUAUCUAAUGCAACCAUCAAUGAAAUAAAACCCAAAAUCAAUUAAUCAGAUCGACCCAUCAUAUAAAGGUUCUUCUUCAACAUCACUUCAUUCAAUUGGGACCCCUUUGCAAAUGAAUUUGGCUGGAAAACGAAUCUGGCACACGCUCUGUUUCGAGAAUUAGGUCAAAUGAAUCUGCCGGAAAACGAAUCACACUAGCCGCCCUCCGGUACUGAUUAGUGGAAUAUUUUUGGAAACUGGAUGACGAUGGGGGUAUUUAUAGGAUGAAUGGGAAACUGGGUGUAGGCGGUAAGAGUGGAGAGGUUGGUGUAGGGGUAACUGGAGAUAGGAGGUGGAUUGUGUAACUGUUUGUGUGCAGAUGAAAGAAUUAGGUCAAAUGAAUCUGGCACACGCUCUAUUGCAGGGUUAAGGUGGCGGUGGAGGUGGUGAUGGGUUGAAGGUAGAAGUGGUGAUGGGUUGAAGGUAGAAGUGGUGAUGGUGGGUUUAGAGAGAAAGAGAUUGUGAGAGGAGGAAGAAGAAGAAGAUGAGGGGUGGGCCCAUCUUUUUUUAAUUGUUAAGGGCAAUAUGGUCAUUUAACACGUACCUAACUGAGAUAUUUAACAUAUGUUAGUGAUAAGGAUCACCCGAGUGCAAAAUUUACAACCACUGAGACCAACUCUGUAAUUAGUAAACCACUGGUAGCAAGUCUGGAAUAUUUGCAACCCACAGGACCAACCAUUCAUUUAACUCUAAUAUGAUAAUAAGGUUUUAACUUUGAUUUUGACCCGACCCAUCGCCAAUCCGAGCCGACCCAUAGCGAGCAUAGGAAAAACCGCAAGACUUCAAAACAUAAUUUGCAACCGCGUAGGUGGUUGAGAAAUAACGUGGGCCGGAACACCACAAAACCCCACCGUACCGGAAAACCGCCACCAUUAACCACUCAUAUCAAUGGCAGCAGCAGCUUCCUCCACAUCUCUACCGUUUCACCGGCUCACACACCUCUCAAUCACCCACCACAAACCACUUCCACAUCCUUAUUCUCUCCAUCUCCUCUUCCGCCCACUGCUUCCUUACCGUUCCGGUUCUGCUGCCGCAAUCAACUGCCGUAUCUCCGGCGGUGGUGAGGAUUUUUUACCCACUAACUCAUUCUACCGUGAAUUUUCAGUUAUUGCAAACAUGUUGAAGCAGAUUGAACCUAUGGACACUUCUGUGAUAUCAAAAGGCGUUUCUGAUCCUGUUAAAGACUCAAUGAAACGUAUGAUUUCUGCGAUGUUAGGUUUGCUACCGUCUGAUCAAUUAUCUGUCAAGAUUAGCGUUUCUAAACGUCCUCUUGUUCGAUUACUUGCUUCUUCGUUAAUCACAGGGUACACGUUGUGGAACGCUGAGUACAGAGUUACGUUGAUGAGGAACUUUGAAACAUCUUCGAAGCGGUUGAAUCCAGGCAAUUGUAAUUGUAAUAAUGAUGUUACCAAGGAUCAGAGUGAGGAGGAUAAUGUUGAGAUGGAGUAUUGUUAUGAAGAAUUAGAGAGAUUGAACCUUGAAAGUUGUUUCGGUGAUUUGUCUCCUGAUGCUAGGAAUUACAUUCAGGAAUUGGAAUCAGAGCUAGCUACAGCCAAGAAGGAUCUGCACACUCAGAAGCAGGAAAUUAUGCAAAUCAGAUACGCAAAAGAAAGUAACAAUGAUAUAUUGAAGUACUUGCGAUCCUUGGAUUCAGACAUGUUAGAUGAGCUAUCAAGACCAUCAUCUUCACAAGUAAAAGGAAUUCUACAACAACUUGUUCAUUGUGCAUCAAGAAGAGUAUUUAAGGAAGACAUCACCACCUCUGGUUUAAUGGGAAAUUCAGAAGUAGUCCAAGAAAGCUUCUGUGAAACACGGGAUCAUCUUGCGAAACUGCUUUUCUGGUGUAUGCUUUUAGGUCAUCAGUUAAGAGGCUUGGAGAACAGAUUGUAUCUAAGAUGUGCAGUUGGCUUCAUAUGAUCAUCCAUUGCGACAUAGACUGUGUGUGCUUAUACUUAGUUAUGAAUUAUGAUACCUAAAAUCAAUGUUUUCCUCUCAUAUUCAUUUAUAUAUAGAUGUACAAAAAGAAUCUCUAAUUCUCUGCCAAACAAAAUUUCAAGAAAAACAAUAUACAACAAAAAAGAAUGAAUCAAAUUACAAACAACCAAAAUACAAAGCCUCUUCCACCCCCACCACCAUCAUCACCAUCAUCACAAUAGUUGUUUAGAGUGUUUAGAAAGAUCAUAAGGAGCCCAUAGCUCAUCAACCGGACACGGGUCACCCGCGUCUAGUCUCACCCACGGUUUCCCCUUCCCGCUCCAAUGCAACAAACUAAUCGGACCCGGAUGCAACAACCUACAACUAUGAACCCUAUUGUUCCCACCAAGCCCAUGCUGGUUCCACCUAUGAUCGAUGGCCGCCACAUCACCGCCAAACACCAACAAAAACGGCGGAAGCGAACCCAAUUCGUAUAUCCUCUCCUCCUUUUGAAUCUUCAUCCAUUUCUCAAUCCUCCCUCUGUAAUCCUCCUUCCUCCACUUCACCAAAUCCAUCACCAUCACCCCUGUAUUGAAAUAACAAGGCUUCUUCCCUUCAAACACACUCGACAAACUC